UUACGCGGUGUGCGGUAGGCGCCGUGUCGGAGCCCUCUCGGAGCGUAGCACGGGUGCACAGGGAGCGAGGGAGAGCUGCCUGCCUCGUCCUAUCGUAUCGCGGUUGCGGUUGUGAUUCGCGUGCAACAUGUAAUCACGACGACAAGGUAAGCAGAGGAAACAGUCGGCGUAUCCGGUGGGAUAAAUUACUCCCCUACCAGGGGUGGGGUCGAGUGAUCGCAGUCAGUUUACAUUCAGCUAACAAGUUGACAGGUGAUGCCAAUCGCGUGAGGAGGGCAAUCAAGCGAACGCGGUCAUGGCCCGACCCAUCGUGCCGAGUCAGCAAAAGCUGGCUGAGAAGAUGAUCAUCCUGAACGACAGAGGUGUAGGUAUGCUGACACGCAUUUACAAUAUCAAGAAGGCCUGCGGCGAUGCCAAAUCCAAGCCCGCCUUCCUCUCCGACAAGGCGUUAGAGUCUUCCAUCAAGACGAUCGUCAGGAAGUUCCCCAAUAUUGACAUAAAGGGGCUGCAGACUAUUAUGAACAUUCGCAAUGAGAUCAUCAAGUCUUUGUCGUUAUACUACUAUACAUUCGUCGACCUGCUAGAUUUUAAGGACAACGUAUGUGAGCUCCUGACCACUAUGGAUGCGUGCGGCGUCCACAUGGAUAUUACGAUUAAUUUUGAUUUGACUAAAGGUUAUCUGGAUCUCGUAAUCACAUAUGUCAGCCUGAUGAUUCUUCUGUCACGGGUCGAGGAUCGCAAGGCGGUGCUAGGGCUCUUCAACGCGGCUCACGAGAUGGUUCACAGCCAAUCUGAUCCCAGCUUUCCUCGUUUAGGCCAGAUGAUCAUGGAUUAUGACGCUCCAUUGAAGAAACUUUCUGAGGAAUUUGUUCCACAUUCUAAAUUGCUGAAAAAUGCUCUGACUUCGUUGUGGCCAGUAUAUCCUGGUAGAAACUUGUCCGCUGAUACGUGGAGGGCCGAUCAAAAGUUGAGUCUCGUCGGUAGUCCUGGCCAGAUACUGAAAGCAGCGGCGACAGACACAAUGUCCUGCGAAACGUUGAGUCUGGAUAGAAUUGAGAGAUGGGUGAUACUUGGAUUUACGCUUUGUCACACGUUCUUGAGUCAGGAGCAGCCGAGCAAACUGUGGAUUACCGCUCUUGAAUCCGGUUGGGUAUUGGCGUUGUUUAGAGAUGAAGUAAUUUACAUACAUCAAUAUAUCCAGACGUUCUUCGAGGGUAUGAAAGGAUACGGCAAGAGAGUAUCGGAAGUGAAAGAAUGUUACAAUCAAGCAGCACAAAAGGCUGGUUACAGGCAUAGAGAAAGAAGAAAAUUCUUGAGGACCGCGCUGAAGGAAUUAGGUUUAAUUUUGACGGAUCAACCUGGUCUUCUGGGGCCAAAGUCGUUGCUGGUAUUAAUGGGGCUCUCUCACGCAAGAGACGAGGUGCUGUGGCUGCUGAGACACGGAGACAAUCCUCCUACUCAAGGUAAAAGCAAAGGACGAGGUAGCGAGGAUUUGGUGGACCGUCAACUGCCAGAAUUACUCUUCCACUGCGAGGAAUUGCGAGCGUUGGUAAAGAAAUAUUCUCAGGUGCUUCAAAGGUAUUACGUCCAAUUUCUUGCGGGAUUCGACGCCCCCGCCUUACAUCAGAUGAUACAAAAUCUUCCAGUCUGUCCAGAAGACGAGGGGGCUAUUCUUAGUGACAUGUGUUCAACUAUAGCUAGUCUCACCGUAAAGCAGGUCGAGGACAAUGAAUUGUUUGAUUUCCGUGCCUUUCGAUUGGAUUGGUUUAGGCUGCAGGCCUAUAUGUCUAUUGCGAAAUGCAAUAUGAAUCUGGCUGAUAAUAGAGAAUUAGCUUCCUUCAUGGAUACAGUAAUCUUCCACACGAAAAUGGUCGACAAUUUGGACGAGAUGUUAGUUGAGACGUCUGAUUUGUCUAUCUUCUGCUUCUACAGUAAGAUAUUUGAGGAUCAGUUUCACAUGUGUCUUGAGUUUCCUGCUCAGAAUCGUUACAUCGUCGCUUUUCCUCUCAUAUGCAGCCAUUUUCAAAGUUGCACCCACGAACUCUGUCCAGAGGAACGUCAUCACAUUCGCGAGAGAAGCCUGUCCGUCGUCAACAUGUUCCUGGAUGAAAUGGCCAAAGAAGCUAAGAACAUUAUCACAACUAUUUGCGACGAGCAAUGUAACAUGAGCGACAAGCUAUUGCCGAAACACUGCGCUCUAUUAAUUUCACAAGUUGUUAAUCGCAAAAAGAAAGAUAAGAACAAAAAAAAUAUGUACGAGAUUCACAAACCUGGUAUAGAGAGCUACCGGAAGACUCGGGAGGAAUUGACGACGAUGGACAAGCUGCACAUGGCCCUCACUGAGCUGUGUUAUGCCAUUAAUUACUGUCCUACUAUUAAUGUCUGGGAGUACACGUUUGCACCGAGAGAGUAUCUGCACCAACAUCUGGAGUCACGAUUCGCUAGAGCAUUAGUAGGAAUGGUCAUGUACAAUCCGGAUACCAGCGAGAUAGCCAAACCAUCAGAGCUCUUUGUCAGCGUUAGAUCUUAUAUGAACGUCCUUCAGACCAUCGAGAAUUACGUGCACAUAGAUAUCACACGUGUCUUCAACAACGCCCUGUUGCAACAAACGCAGGAGCUGGACAGUCAUGGUGACAAGACUAUAGCCGCGCUCUACACGCAAUGGUAUUCAGAUGUUCUACUGAGGCGAGUUAGCGCCGGUAAUAUUUGCUAUUCGGCGAAUCAACGGGCAUUCGUCAGCUUGUCGGUCGAAGGUGCCAUACCUUUUAACGCCGAGGAAUUCUCCGACAUUAACGAGCUAAGGUCAUUGGCGGAAUUGAUAGGACCGUACGGCAUGAAGAUGUUGAAUGAGAAUCUGAUGUGGCAUAUCGCCAGUCAGGUACAACAGUUGAAGAAGCUAGUAGCUGGGAACAAGGAUGUACUGAUCUCUCUAAGAGAGAAUUUCGACAAGCCAGAGGUGAUGAAGGAGCAGUUCAAGAAGUUGCAGCAAGUGGACAACGUUCUUCAGCGAGUUACUAUAAUAGGCGUAAUUCUCAGCUUCCGACAAUUGUCGCAGUCGGCAUUGGUCGACGUGUUAGAGGAACGUAUACCGUUUCUACUGAGCUCUAUAUUGGACUUCAGACAUCAUCUGCCAUCCGGUGAUCCUAUGCGCGUUGUGUCCGAAAUGACGUCGGCUGCAGGCUUGACUUGCAAGGUCGAUCCCACUUUGACAACAGCAUUGCGAAAUCAGAAGGCUGAGGUCGAUGAGGAUGAGCACCUGCUCGUUUGCUUGCUGAUGGUCUUCGUAGCGGUUUCCAUUCCGAAGUUAGCUCGGAAUGAUAAUUCCUUCUACAGAGCGUCGCUCGAGGGUCACUCCAACAAUAUACAUUGCAUGGCCACCGCAAUAAACAAUAUAUUCGGGGCAUUGUUUACGAUUUGCGGACAGAACGAUAUAGAGGAUAGGAUGAAAGAAUUUCUCGCUCUGGCCUCGUCAAGCUUGUUAAGAUUAGGCCAAGAAGCGGAUAAAGAGGCAACUCGAAACAGGGAGUCCGUGUAUCUUUUGCUUGAUCAGAUAGUUCAAGAAUCUCCAUUCUUGACGAUGGAUUUACUGGAGAGUUGUUUCCCAUAUGCACUGAUACGCAAUGCAUAUCAUGAUGUGUAUAAGGUCGAGCACUCGCAGCAGUGAACUUAUUAGCGAAACUGCAAGCGAGAACGGGGUGCUGCAUUUAUUACUUGCCACUCAGGGCCAUUUUUUUACGCCACUUGUAACAACGGGGGGACAAUCACAAAGAUGCUUAUGUCGCUUGUCCAAGCGAUAAUUUUCCAGGUGAAACUUUCCGUUAGUUUUCCGUUAGUGUCGCUGAAAAAGUACAAGCAUAGCGUCAGCGAAAGCAUGAAAGAGUGGUAAAUACAUAUGAUUGUUUAAAAGAUUAAUAAAGUUAUCGACAAGUUAUUCCUCGAUAUUUCAACAAAACAGUACAAGCUUGCGGCAUUAUAACGCACUUUACCUACGUUGCUUGCGGCAAAAAUUGCGCGUUAAUCCGUAUUGAAGUGUUUAUUGCAAAACAUUUGUAUAAAUUUGAUUCCGCUUUUGUAAAAAUGUUUACUCGAAAUCAUUAUCGAGGAAUAUUGUAAUCAACGGGCAAUUUAUCUCGCGAAUUUUUAUAAUUCGAAGUGAUAUGUAAUAUGCGUGUUUUUGUAAUAUACAGUAUUCUCUCAAUUACAUUUGACAUCCGGCUCAAAAUAUUCUUUAAUUGUAUAUCUUUAAUUCCAAUCAAGUAUUAUUAUAUCUUAUGUCAAAGCAUUUUUCUAUUGCACAGAGCUGCAUGAUGUAAGCUCCUAUGACUUCAAGUUAAAGAUCGCGAUAUUCAUGUAUCACACAGUAGGUCGUCAUUUACCCACUAUGACAUUUUUAAUGUACAAUUGUAACUCUUUUACAAUAGUUUAUAUAACAAAUAAAACUAUGUGUACAAAACAA